AUGUACAAUUACGACGCCGCCGCUGCCAAAAGGAGGAAGAAGGAGAAGUCACCGUCGUCGUCGUUUGAUUCGUUGCCAGAUGCGGUGGCUAUAAGUUGCUUGGCUCGCGUUUCCAGAUUGGACCAGGCGGCCUUAUCUGUCGUCUCCAAGAGAUUUCGUUCGCUGGUGGUUUCGCCGGAGUUUUACAAGAUCACGCGGAGAAGUGCGUACCCUGCCACCGGGAAUACCGUGAAGCGGGCUCAACCCAUCCCUUUUUUCCCGUCUCAGCCUCGGGAAGGAUCCGCCGUGGUGUCGUUGGACGGGAGCAUCUAUGUUUUCGGUGGAUUGGUUAACGGCGAGCGCACGUCCGGUGUCUUACUCUUGGAUUGCCGGUAUCACACUUGGCACCAAGUGACUCCCAUGAGAGUGGCCCGAGCAUCCGCCACGGCUCAAGUGGUGAACGGGAAGAUAUACGUGUUGGGAGGCUGCAAAGACAGGAGAUCCGCUGACUGGGGGGAAGUGUUCGACCCAAAGACCCAAACUUGGGCUGCCCUCACAGUUUCAGAGCCAAUGCCGGACGAGGAGGAUCCGGAUACACGCCCUAGGAUGAGUUUGAUCCAUGGGAGUGUGGUGAUAGAGGACAAGAUAUACGUGAUUGAUUUCUGGAAUAGAACCUUCUUCUACUCCCUAAGCCAGUGUAAAUGGGGGAGAGGGAGUCCGGGGCCAGGCUAG